UAUUACUCUUAAAAGCGCCACCCAAAACACACACCCACACUCCCUCCAUCGCCGUUCCCAUACUUUUUUGCUUCCCGGCUCACAUUGCAUCCUCUCCUCCCGAUUGCCUCUGAUCCAAUUCAAUCGACUUAACCUCUCUAGCUUCUGAUCAUGGCGGAGACUGAGAGAUCAUUAGCCGAUGAUCGAGAAGUGAUCGGCGGCCACGUCACUGGUUCCGAGACUAAGUCUCCAUGGAAAACAGCGGCUCCUCCUACAGAGCCCGCCGACGCCCCGGUAAUGGGUGCUCACUCGUGGCCUGCCCUCGCCGACGCGCAACAACCGCGUCCUAAGAAUCCUCCUCCGCCGGCGGCGGCUCCGCCGUCGAAGUCAAUUUCGACGUCAAUCCCAAAUCCUUCUCAGGGUGUAACUGGUCAUGCUAAAUCCAAACCUGGUGGAAAGGCUAACCCUGCUCACAAGAAUCCACCUGGCCGUUAUUCAAAGCCAGGCUCGAAGAGCAACCAAAGUGGCCCCACUCCUCCUGCUCCUGCUUACCCCAUGCACGCUGUACCUUAUCAUCCACCUCCUUUUCCACCUAUGUCGUAUCCCACUGGUCCUGAUUUUCCAUAUCCUCUUUAUCCUCCUUACCCGGUUCCUGGAGCUCCCGUUGCAGAGUCCGCCAACGAGAAGCCAGCGCAAGCCUCUCCUCUUCCACCACCUCCUCCUCCUCAAGGAGAUCCUAGACAGCAUCAGAGGGGUUUUGGCCCAAGAAACAUGCCGCAUGGACCUAGGAACUUUGUGAGACCUCCGUAUAUGGGGCAAGGUCCUGGGUUCAUUGUUGGUCCUGGUCCUGGCUUUCCCGGUCCUGUGUACUACUUGCCGGGUCCACCCCCUGGAGCUAUAAGAGGAUAUCCUCCACGUUUUGCUCCAUAUCCUGGUAACCAGGGUCCUCAAGCUCUGUCUCCAGAACAACUCGACUUAAAGGAUAGAGUCAUAAAACAAAUAGAAUAUUACUUCAGUGACGAAAACCUUCAGAAUGAUCAGUACCUCAUUUCCUUAAUGGAUGAACAAGGAUGGGUUCCCAUCAAAAUCAUAGCUGACUUCAAAAGGGUUAAGAUGAUGACCAUGGAUGUAGAGUUUAUAGUCUAUGCGCUGAGAUUUUCUACUUCUGUUGAAGUGCAGGGUGACAAGAUACGUAAGCGUGACGAGUGGUCUAAGUGGGUUCCUGCAUCUAAAAGGUCGGCCUCUGAGCAGAAAACUGGAGACAAUGACAAAGAUUCCCCAGAGAGUGUAACAAGCAAAGAUAACUUUAAAAAGUCUUCAAAGCCUACUGUGUUCUUGUCAGAGGGUUCUCAGUCAUCAAGAACCAAUGUAUAUGAAAGUGAUAAUCUGAAAUCAUUAUCAGACGAUUUUUCAAACACAUUCUUGCUUGACGAGGAAAUGGAUCUGGAGCAUAAAAUCCCAAGAAAGAGUGGUCUUUCCAUGUCCAGAAGGACUGAUGAUGAAGACGAUGAUAUUGCUGUUGAUGAUCAUGAUAUUCAGAAACUUGUAAUUGUUACCCAGAAUAGUGGGAGAAGUGAUGGCACUGGAAUCAGUGGAACAAAAGCCAAAAACAUUCCCAAGGAGCUUGCCUCCACAAUAAACGAUGGUCUAUACUACUUUGAGCAGGAGCUCAAAAAGAAUCGAUCUGGUCGUAGGAAGAACAAUUCCCAUUUGGAUAACAGAGACGGAAAAGUAAAAGCUGGGGGAGGAUUGAACCCUAAAUUAGGCGAAAAUUCUGCAGCAAACGGUGGAAGUGAAGAGCAUAGCAUUAGGAGGAAGCAGAGUAAGGGAGCCCACAAACAUCAUAUUGCACACGCACGGAGGUUUUUCUCUGGCAACAUGAGAAACCAUGGGGCUAGUCUCAGUUCUCAUACUUCAGAAAGUCCGCCUAGUAGCUCCAUUGGAUUCUUCUUUGGAUCUACACCACCAGACAAUCAUGGCCACAGGCUUUCAAAGUUGAGUUCAUCACCACAAUGCUCUCUUUCUGGCAGCAGUCCACCUGUGGGCUCUUUACCAAAAUCAUUUCCACCUUUUCAACAUCCAAGCCACCAACUGCUGGAAGACAAUGGGUUCAAACAAGAAAAGUACUUGAAGUAUCGCAAGAGGUGCCUAAACGAAAGAAAGAAGCUGGGGAGCGGAUGCAGUGAGGAAAUGAAUCAUUUGUACCGAUUUUGGUCGUAUUUCCUCAGAGAAACGUUUGUGCCGUCAAUGUAUGAAGAUUUCCAGAAGUUUGCUCUUGAGGAUGCAGCUGGCAAUUACAACUAUGGGUUGGAGUGUCUCUUCAGGUUUUAUAGUUAUGGUCUGGAGAAGCAAUUCGAAGAGGACCUUUACAAGGACUUCGAGCAGCUGACGCUUGACUUCUACCAUAAGGGAAACCUAUAUGGCUUGGAGAAAUAUUGGGCAUUCCACCAUUAUCGAGGCCAAAAAGAACCAACCAUAAAGAAGCACCCUGAGCUAGAGAAGCUACUGACAGAAGAAUACCGAAGCAUAGCCGAUUUCCGAGCAAAGGAUACAAUCACCAGCCAAAAAGAGAACAAGUCUCACUAAUGAUUUGAAGAGACGAAGAGCAGAGACUUGCCACUGAGCAAAUGAUCCUCUUAAUCUUGACCUUAAAAUUUUUGUGCAUCUCUUUCUGGUGGGAAGUGACCAAAGCCAAGUGAAGCUAUUCGCUCUGAAUUUUUAAAAGGAUUUUUUUUUUCCUUGGGUGUUUUUCUUUUCUGCAAAGACAAAACAGAGAGCUUUGACUGAAGAGGCGUGCGUUCAUCUUAGACAGAGUUUCGCCCUCUCCCCAAAACUUGUAAUCUUUUCUUUUUUGUAUAUAUAGAGAUUUCAUUUUCUAUUUGCUCAGUUUUGGAACAAAAAGAGAGGUUGUUGGUAGUGUCUCUGUAGAAACAGCAAGAGAUUUGUUUGCUUCAAACUUUUAUUACAUU